AUGGGGAAGCCACGCAACAGCGGCAAGGGAGCGACGAAGGGCCGCAAGGGCGGCAAGGCGCCAGACCCAGGCCAGCGCCUGCCGAAGUUUUUGUUGGCACCCUACGUGGACGACGUCGGUUGUCCCUUCUACUGCCGCGGCCAAGAAGAGGAUCAAGUGCUGAAGCCGAGCACCAUCGCGGCGGGGGCCACGAGCCAGAACUCAGAGUGGGCCAGCCGCCUUGGCAUCGCGCUGUCGGAAGCCAGCGGCGUCGCGGAGAUGGGCGCUGCCACGAUGGAGGAGCUCUUCGGCGAGGCGGUGGACAUCAACAAGAUGCUGAGUGCUAUGGGUGUCGUCGAGCUCCAAAAACUUUUGGACAGCUCGGAAGGUGCCAAGUACCUUGCGGCGUGCACGCACUUGAACAAGCUGAACGAAGCCGAGCGCGACGAUGACUCCGUGAAGGAAGCCGUCGCCGCUUGGCUCGCGUGGUGGACCGAGGACGCAGCAAAGAAGGCGAAGGCCUUCCGAAAGCUUGCUCGCGUGGCCGGGCGUCUGUACUUGUGGAGCGUAGACUCCUUGGAGCAGCUCGCCUUUGCCGGCCAUCCGGUAGCAUAUGCCAAGGCAAUGAAAGCGGCCAUCACCGAAGAAAGCCUGGAAGCGGUGAAGAGAUGGCAGAAGGAUCCCCAAAGCGAGGGCAAGCUUCUGAAAGCCCUGCGCGCGACCUACGACGCCCAGGUCCAAGGCAAGAAGAAAAGGAAAACCCGUCGCGGCCUUGCCGAGGAGUCUGGAUCGGCGUCCCAUGCUGCUGCCGCGGCCAACACACAAGGAUCCACCACGGGCACCGGCUCCACAGAUUCCAGCAGCGGGAGCGAGCCGGACCAGGCCAAGCGUCGUCGCACUGCCCCAUCCCCGCUGGAGUCCCUGCCGGACGAGAGUGGCGGCAGCGUCGCGGAGGCGCAGGCAGCGCAGGAGACCGCGCUGGCCGGCUGGCAGCUCUCGGAAAUUCAGUCGUCGAGCGAGGCGUGGGCGGAGUUCGCCGCGGCCCUUCGAGCGAAGACGGCAACGGAGGAGGCCUUCAAGACGCAUCUGGCGCUGCUCCCGGUUUCUGUGCGCGCAGCCUUCAACUUGAAGCUGAGCAAGAUGCCCAAAGGAGAGAUCGUCGAGAAGCUCCUGACCCGCAUCGAGCUGAUCCACGCAACAGGGCUUUCCUUCUGGAAGGCUCAGCAGGAGGGCCGCGCGGGUGAGUAG